AUGGAGGCAGAACCGAAAGUUCACUCGAAACUGUUUACACCAGAAGAACAAAGGUGCGAAGAUUUCUUUGCAUCUACUACAGUGAGAGACGAAGACGGCAGGUAUGUCGUGAAAUUGCCGUUUCGCGACGAUCAUACCUGCAAGGGCAAUUCAAGGGAGAUUGCAGUUAAAAGACUACACAGUUUGGAGAGGAAAUUUGAAAAAGAUAAAACACUUAAAACAAGAUAUACGGAAGUAAUCAAGGAGUAUGAGCAACUAGGCCACAUGAUACCUGUGACUGAACCUGACCACAAACUGAAAGAUGCUAUAUACUUGCCUCAUCAUGCUGUCAUUCGUGAAAAUCGAACCACAACUAAGGUUAGAGUUGUAUUUGACGCAUCCUGCAAAGACUAUAAAGGGAUUUCGCUGAACGACUUACUUAUGAUAGGGCCUACCUUGCAGCCAGAUUUGCGUCACCUAGUUAUGUGUUGGAGACAGUAUCCCGUGUGUUUAGUUGCGGACAUUGUCAAAAUGUACCGCAUGGUGCGGGUGGAUGAAGAUGAUGCCGACUUCCAACGCAUAGUAUGGCGAGAUGACUCUAGAAACAAGAUCAAAGAUUACAAGUUACUGACAGUAACAUUUGGCACCGCCUCAGCUCCAUAUUUAGCGGUGAAAGCAUUGAAUCAAGUAGCUUAUGAUCAUAUGGACAAAUAUCCCAUGGCUGCACCUAGAGUUCACAAAGAGUUUUACAUGGAUGAUUUGAUGACUGGUAGUGAAACAAUAGAAGAAGGGUUACAUCUAUAUAAGGAAAUGAAAGGACUAUUGAACGAAGGAGGAUUUUUGUUACAGAAGUGGGCUAGUAAUAAACUGGAAUUGUUAGAUCUGAUAAAUAAAAGAGAAAACGAACAUAUUGCAAACGAAGAAGAAAAGAACAACCUGGAAUUAAAAACAGACAAUGUAACAAAAAUUUUAGGACUUACCUGA